AUGUGCCCCACCAAGGAAGGGACUCAAAAAUUCAGGGACUGUGACAACGGGCUGGACGACACAGGACCAGCUGGCCCACCCCGUGCCCAGCUGGCCCUCCCUGUGCCCGGCUGGCCCUCUCUGCGCCCAGCUGGCCCACCCCAUGCCCGGCUGGCUCUCCCCGUGUCCGGCUGGCCCACCCAGAGCCUGGCUGGCCCUCCCCACGCCCAGAGGGCCCUCCCUGUGGCCCCAAGACACGGGGGCGCGCAGGGACCUGGAGUGGAUGGGAGGCACUUCAAGGUCCAGGCAGAGAGAAUCAGAACCUUCCGCAACCCUUCAACAGGGUCCCAAGCACUGAAGGUCCAUUCUGUGCUCACGCCUCCAGCCAACCAGCCCAUCUGCAGCGAUGCCCAGGACGAACUCAGCGCCCUGUCACCUUGUGCCAGGGGACCUGACCCAGGACACCUCAUCUGUUCCACGUGCUGGGACCCCCAAGCCUUGCUCGCAGAAAUUCACUGCCUUCCACCUGACCCCAGCCCUUCAAGGGUCUGGAAUCCUUCCUGGGAACCACCAGCAGACACCCUGACCGGGGAGCUUGAAGGACACUGUCCUCCGAGCCGGCCUGGGAUGAGCCGUCUACACCGGGGCUCACAGCUGACUCGGGAGGCGCUAUCGGUGUGGACUCCGUCUUGCCAGGACGGGAUCGAAGCCGUGUGGGAAACAGGUGCCCACCGUGCCGAGAUGGAAGGUUCUAGUAUGGUCUCUGGACCCCCAGAGGGCCCUCUGGGAGCGUUCAGGGAUGACUGUUGGGGUGAUGGCCACAGCUGCCCACAGGGCUGCAAGGAGGCCAGGUUCCUGGUCAAGCCACCACCUGUCAGGGAGGCUGGUGUGGCUCUAUGCCGGCUACCGGAGAACUUCCAGGCCACGCGUGCCGAGAAGUUAAAGGACAAGCCAUGCUUCCACCCCGCCUGGGGGCUGCUCAGAGAAGACGAGGUCUCCCCACCACCAAGACACAAGGUGAAGCUGGACCCAGACGCGGGAGGCCUGCUGUUCAGAACCCAGGAGGAAACGCACCCGCCGGAUUCACGCCACCCACGUGGCCUGCCCCCCGCCAUUCCUCCCUGGGCCCCGUGUACCCCUGAACCCCGCUGGACAGCCAUGUGGCGAAGCUCCAAGCCCAUCAGACUCCGCUUCCGGGAGGAACUGCAGGGAGCGUCUGCUCAUCUAGGACACAGAGGGAUACGGAUGAACAAUGCACACCGACGCGGGUCCCAGAACGCUGGCACACCCGGCCACUCGCCUAGGACAAGCCGGGAGAACGGCCGGCCAGGGUCGCCCAGGCCCACGCGCGCCUGUCCCCGCGAGGCCAACUCCACCUCCCCGCACUCGCGAAGGCGGCUGCCGGGCGCCGCGCUCAUUGUUCUGUCCGGGCCCGGGAGGGACUUUACAUCCCCCCACACCACCUGGCCCCAGAAUGCCGGCUCCAGGCCCCCCGCAAUUGGAGCCCGCAGCGAAGAAAGGCGCGUGGGGUGGGCGCCGGCAGGGUGGCCGCGAGGACAGCGCAGCCGAGGGGCCGCUCCGGGGGACGUGCUCCCGCGGGGGCCGCGCGCCCCGCCGCAUCACCUUUAUUUCUCGCCCCGCGAUCACCCCAAGAGCACCCCCACGGCCACACUUCUUUUCUUUGGGCAGGAGUCCACCCGGCCACAGCCGCCGCCUCCUCGCCCGGGAAACGCGCCCCCUCGCCGUCCCGGACCCCGGACCCAGCCGGCUCAGGAGGGGGGCGCGGCGCCGGGGGGGGGGCGGGGGGGAGGAAGCGGAGACCCGGAGCUAGGGUGCAGGGGAGAAAAGGGGGUGCGUACUCGGAGCUGGAAGCUGGGGUACCAGGAACCAGACCCGAGAUCGGGGAGCUGGGAGGCUGGCGGCGCGGAUUCGAGAACCGGGGGCCGGAAGGCAAGGGGACGGGGCCGGGGGCCGAGGGUCAGCGGGGCGGGAACAGGGAGGCGAAGAACCAUCGGCCGGGGGCGUGGGGCCGGAAGGCGCGGGGCUCGGGGGCCCCGGGCCCGAGGGUUGGGGGGCCGGGCCGGGGGCGCGGGCCGCGGGAACAAAGCCGGGCCCCGAGCCUUACCUUCGUACACGGGGGCCAUCGGGGCCGGGCCGUCCGCGGCUCAUGGCAGCGGGGCGGGGACGGCGCAGCGCGGGCUCGGCGCCCCCCGGCUCAGGCGGCUUCUGCCAUCUUGCGCCCGGCACCUGAGCUCGCGGAGUGCAGAAGGGCCGCCGGGGGCGCGCGCUGUCCUCGGAGGACGAGCAGGUGGGCUUCGGGCGCUCCUGCAGUCACCCCUGCAGCUGCCAUUCGGUGCGCCCUGGUGGUCCCCAGUUCCUGCGGGUUCCAGCCGCCCGACCUGCACCCUGCGGUUUCCAGCGUCCCCAGCGCCCUCCCACCUGCACGGCCUGUGCCCAGGCCUCAGGGUUCCCCACCCUUUCUCUCCGAUCGAACUGCACUUCGACCUUCCGCACAUUCUCCCUAGCGAGGCCACGGGACGCGCCCCUCCAGCCUCCUCCAGGAUGUCUGAUAGGGGGCCCAGCCGGCGCCUCAGCUCAGGAAGCCUUGAGUCUACCCUUCCUUUUAAAAAACUGGGUCGUGACACAUUACCAGAUGAUGACAUAAAUUCAUCAGGGACCACAGCCAUGCAAGCUGCCUGCCAGGGCUUGGCACAGGGCCCUGUGGUAAAGGAGCGGCUGCUCCAGGUCCCCGGGACUGUGCUGGGCCUCUCCUUGCCAGCUCGCUCUCUGGUCUGCAGGACCAUGGAGGCCUGGGGUUUUCUGCAGGGGGUGGGGAGCACGUCCAUGGUGACCGUGACCCUUGCUGUGGCCCUCCUGGCCUUCCUGACGUGGUACUCCACAUCAGCAUUUUCACGACUGGAAAAGCUGGGCAUCAGACACCCCAGACCUUCUCCUUUUAUUGGAAACCUGAUGUUUUUCUGCCAGGGGUUCUGGGAAGGCCAGCUGGAGCUCAGAAGACGAUUCGGACCUCUGUGCGGGUACUAUCUUGGUCGCCGGAUGUUUAUCGUUAUUUCUGACCCAGCCAUGAUCCAGCAGGUGUUGGUUGAGGACUUCAGUAACUUCAGCAACAGAAUGGUGUCGGGCUUGGAGUCCAAGCCGGUGGCCGAGAGCGUUCUGUUCCUACGGGACAAGAGGUGGGAAGAGGUUCGAGGCGUGCUGAUGCCCGCGUUCAGUCCAGAGAUGCUCAGAGAGGUGAUGCCCCUCGUCAGCCAAGCCUGUGACCUCCUCCUGAUGCACCUGGAACCCUACUCGGGCUCUGGGGCUCCCUUCGACAUCCAGCGCUGCUAUACCUGCUACACCACUGACCUGGUGGCCAGCAUCGCCUUCGGCACCCCGCUGGACUCCCACGAGAUGCCGGAGCACCCCUUCGUGGUCCACUGUCGACGCUUCUUCCAGUCCUCUGUGCCCAGGCCCUUCCUGGCUUUGAUCUUGUCCUUCCCGUCCUUAAUGGUCCCACUGGUCCGGAUCCUGCCCAACAAGAAGCGAGAGGAGCUGAACGGCUUCUUUAACCAGCUCGUCAGGAACGUGGCUGUCUCCAGGGACCAGCAAGCCACAGGGGAGAGGCGCAAGGACUUCCUCCAGGUGAUGCUGGAUGCCCGCUGCUGCCUGAGCUCCGUGGGCGUGGAGAGCUUUGACACCGUCCGGCAGGUCUUCUCCUCGACCAAGUGCCCUGUGUCACCUCCUCGGCCAGCUGAGGCCAGGGCGCUGUCCAAGCCCCUGACCAUGGACGAGAUUGUGGGCCAGGCCUUCCUCUUCCUCAUCGCUGGCUACGAGAUCGUCACCAACACACUCUCUUUUGCCACCUACCUCCUGGCCACCCACCCUGACUGCCAGGAGCGGCUCCUGGGAGAGGUGGACCGGUUCUAUGAGAAGCACGCCGUCCCUGAGUACAGCAGCCUCCACGAAGACCUGCCCUACCUGGACAUGGUGGUUGCGGAGACCCUGAGGCUUUACCCACCAGCUUUCAGGUUCACCAGGGAGGCAGCGAAGGACUCGGAGCUCCUGGGCCAGCGCAUCCCCGCAGGUGCUGUGCUGGAGGUGGCCGUGGGUGCCCUGCACCAUGACCCCGAGCACUGGCCGCAGCCCGAGGUCUUUGACCCUGAGAGGUUUACAGCUGAGGCCCGGAGGCAGCACCGACCUUUCACCUACCUGCCCUUUGGGGCAGGCCCUCGAAGCUGCCUCGGGGUGCGCCUGGGGCUCCUGGAGAUCAAGCUGACGCUGCUCCGUGUACUUCGUACCUUCAGGUUCCAGGCCUGCACUGAGACCCAGGUCCCACUACAGCUGGAGUCCACAUCCGCCCUGGCCCCCAAACACGGUGUCUACAUCAAGAUCGCUCCCCGCUGA